AUGUAUGUUGAGAAUCCCAACUCCAGAAACACCACUAGGGACUCCAGAAUGUUUUCAAUUUCUCGUCGUCAGGCAAUUGUUUCCUCCAGAUUUGUGAGAUAUGCAUCUACAGAACCCCCAAUUAUGGCAAUUGUUCGACAAGACCUGAAAACUGCUAUGAAAUCUGGGGAUGUUACUAGAAAAACAACUAUACGGGCGGUUAUGGCAGCCAUCAAAAAUGCCAAUAUCGAUAAGCCAGACUCAGUUACAACAGAUAUUGGCUUCCAUAGCCUCGUUAACACAUUGAUCAAGAAACGUCAGAAAUCUAUUGAAGAGUACCAUGCUGGCAAUCGACUGGACUUGGUUGAACAAGAACAAAACGAAAUAGCUGUUCUGGAGGAACUUCAAGAGAAAGUCGAAGUCGCCAGUGACGAAGAAAUUGCAUCUAGAGUUAAUGAUUUCAUCAAAGGUUUGGCACUUGAUGUUUCAGAUAAAAGUUCAAUGGGAAAAAUUAUGUCGAAUAUCUCGUGGCCCCAAGUUGAGUCAGAGUGGAAAGCAUCACAAGGUCAGGUCGUCCAGGCUAUCAAGAAACAGCUGGGUCAAAGAAAAUUCUCUACAAUGCGUGUUUUAAGACACGAUAACCCUUUAGUAUGUAAAUAG